AUGCCGGACGUAAUCCUCGUCACGGGAGCCACAGGAAAGCAAGGCGGAGGGUUAAUUGACGUAUUGGUCCGUCAAAAUGCCGAUGUCGAGAUCCUCGCUGUCACCCGGGAUGUAUCCUCCCCCAGAGCCCAGAAGCUGAAAGCAAAGCAUCCCCGCGUGGUCCUCAUCCAGGGGGAUCUAGACCAACCCGACAACAUCUUCACCAAUGCCAAGAAAGCAACAGCUCUGCCCAUCUGGGGUGUCUUCAGCGUCCAGGUUCGAGGCUCAGGUGGUUCAAAUCGAGACGACGUCGAAGAGCGACAAGGCAUGGGGCUGGUGGACGUUGCUCUCAAGAAUAACAUCCAGUUCUUCGUGUACAGCUCCGUCGAUCGUGGCGGCGACGCUUCCUUCAAUAAUCCCACUAUAGUCCCCCAAUUCACCAGCAAACACCGAAUCGAGCAUCACCUGGUUGAGAAAUGCCAAGGAUCGGAAAUGGCAUGGGCGAUCCUUCGCUCCGUCUACUUCAUGGAAAACAUCAACCCCAGCAUGACCGGGAAGACGCUUACGACCUCGUGGAAGACGGUGGUCAAGGAUAGGCCUCUACAACUACUUUCGGUGACGGAUAUCGGAUUCUUCGCAGCGCAGGCUUUUACAGCGCCAGCCCAAUGGCGAUACAAAUCAAUCUCGCUGGCAGGGGACCAGCUCACGUUCAACGAGAUGGCAAAAGUCUUCAAGGAUAAGAAGAACCGUAAUCCUCCGAUGACGUUUGACUAUGUGAGUUCACUCUAUCUGUGGUGGGUCAAAGAUCAUGCGAGCAUGUUCCGCUGGUGCCGUGAAUCGGGAUUUCGAGCAGAUAUCCCAGCUGCACGGACGUUGUAUCCUAGUUUGAAGAGCUUUGCAGCUUGGCUGGAGAGUGACAGCGGGUCUGUGGGCUGA